CGCCAUUGUGAAUUGUCCCUUGGAGCUGCGUGAGUUUCUGAAUCUGGUUCCUGUAGUGAAGAAUUGUAUUUUCAAAUUUACUUUUCUCGCGCUCCAAGCAAUCAACUACAGUUUAAAGCAAGCAAAGAUGCCUUCUGCUCUAGACUGGAUUAACAGCCCUUUAAGCGUUGUGCAGGGAUUUUUUGCUCAGACCCCCAAUCCUGAAUGGGAGAAGAAAGUGGUGGAGUAUUUUAAAGAGAAGCUAAAAGUGAAUGAUGCAGCAAACUGGGUUCCUUCUUUAAAUGAUGUUCCUCUACACUACCUGAAGCCUGACAGUCUGGUCAAGUUCCGGUGUAUGGUGCAGGACAUGUUUGAUCCGGAGUUCUACAUGGGAGUGUACGAAACCGUUGACCCCGUUUCGAAAGAACGAAUGUUGCGAUUUGGAAAAUACAGAGACAUUGCAGAAUGUGGGCCUCAGCAGGAAGUCGACCUGAACUCGAACAAGAGUGUAACUCUGGAGAGACAAACCUUCUAUUGUGUGCCUAUUCCUGGAGAGUCCCCUUGGGUGAAAGAGACCUACGCCUGUGAAAGUCAGGCCCGUGUCAGUCCUUCAACAUCUUACACACCCUGCCGUCACAAGCGCAGCUAUGAGGAGGACGAAGAUAUGGACAUGCAGCCUUCCAAACAAAAAGACCAGCUUUCAGGACCGCCAGGGGUUGCUGAAUCCCAGACCAGUGGAGACUCCAAGCGUCUGGAGACAGAAGCUCCAUCCAGCCAGAGCAACUCUCUGCCUGGUUGCUCCUCCCCCCUUGACCUCAACUUCCCUCUUCCAGGAGAGAAGGGACCAGCCUGUCUUGUCAAGAUGUACGAGGACUGGGAGAGUGUCAAGGUAAACGACAUGCUGGAAGUGUAUGGAAUCCUGUCAGUAGACCCAGUGCUGAGUGUACUGAAUGAGGAAAGGGACGGUAGCUCCUCGUUCUUGGACACUAUGGAUUGCACAGAGAGCGCCGAGGAGCAGAAGGUCCGCAGUCCACCCGCCUCCCUGGUGCCCCGGCUGCACGUGCUUCUGGUGCACAAACUGGAACACAACAACCCCCUGCUGCCCCAGCUAGCCGACCAGAGCUUUGUGUCCAGUUUCCUAAGUGAAGUGACGUCGGUGAGGGCUGAACUGCUGGGGUACUUCACCCAUGUGCUCCUGGGAGACAGUCUGGCGGCGGAGUACCUCAUCCUGCAUCUCAUUUCCACUGUGUAUGCAAGACGUGAUGUCCUGCCCCUGGGGAAAUUCACACUGAAUCUGAGUGGCUGUCCCCGCAACACUGCCUACACAGAGAAUCUGUAUCGCGUUAUACAGAAUAUCGUUCCAUCUUCUUAUCUCCUCGGCAUGAGUCUGCACAACAUGAACAGCUUGCGGUUGGUUCCACAGAAGGACUACACAGCCAACCGGCUGGUGAGCAGUGUCCUGCAGCUGGCCCGCAACACCAGUCUCUUCUUGGAUGAGACGGUGCUGGAACAGGGACAGCUGGACACCGCAGGUGUGCGGAAUAUCACUGCCCUCGGUAACCUGAUCUCGUGGCAGAAGGUUGAUUACGACUUCAACUACCACCGGAUGGAAUUCCCCUGCAAUAUUAAUGUGUUGAUCACAUCAGAAGGCAGAUCACUUCUACCGGCCGACUGCCUGGUCCAUCUCCAGCCUCAGCUGAACCCCCCCAACAUGCAGGAGUACCUGAGCGCUUUGCAGGUGUCUCUCCUUCCCUCCCUGCUCAACAAGUUCCGGGUCUACCUGAGCCUGCUCAGGACAAUGGAGUACAGCAUCUCCGAGGAGGUGACAAAGGCAGUGGAGGAUGACUUUGUUGAAAUGCGCAAAAAUGACCCCCAAAGCAUCUCUGGCGAAGACCUUCACAGAUUGCUCGUUGUUGCCAGGCUGCUGUCUCUCAGCGUGGGGCAGACCACACUCUCCCGGGAGAGGUGGACAAGGGCAAAACACCUUGAAUCUCUGAGAAAAAACAGGACUGAGCAACAGAAGUGUGUGAACGGGAACGAGCCUUAAACGCCCAAGCUACUCUGUUCACCGCAGAAGCCUGAACUCUCCUGGCCCUGGGGCGAGUAGAGAAUAGCCCUGGUUGGGCACAGGAAUGCCAAGGAAAAGCACUGACCAUGGAGCUUGGUGAAAUUGUUUAAAAUUUAUACCAAAACCAUUUUUUUCCCUGAGAGAAUAUUAUUAUGGUUCGUAAUCUUGUUAUAUGUAAUUAACUCAAUGUCUGUUAAGUAAAAUAAUUCUGGGUUCUUUUUGUAAGAUGGGAAAACUGUACUGUUAUCUGUCCAAUAAUCUCACCCCACACCUCGUUACAAAUAGGUUUUUAUUUGGAUGUAUUAAAGAAUUCAGUUUUGUAUAGUUUAGUGUUCCCUGGAUGGUAUUUGUUGCUUUUCGGUCUUAUUACACCCCUGAAUUACAGAUAAGGUGUUUUUUGAGGCUAGGACAGACUUUCCAGUGGUGUCACUGCCAGGUCGACAUCUUGCUGCUGAAAGGUGCCCGGUACACAGGAAAUGAAGCCCAGUAAACAUCAGGGCUCUUAAAUGAAAUAUUCCUUCUUUUAGUAUCUGUUUUAUUUUUCGCUUUUUAUAAAAUAACAUUUGAGGGCCAGAAAAAAGUAUGCUACAACCUGAAUAUUUACUUUUAUUUUCAAAAAAUCAUUUUAAAAACAAAAAAAUAUUCUAGCUGCCUAAGACAUUUUAUACAAAUGCGUAAGACCAGCCUGUCAUUUCUGUCCAGGUUCAAAUGUCUUGUUUGGUAGCUUUUACAAAUUCACAGAGGCUAAUGCAUCCGCACCAUUCCUGUGCCUCUGUAAAGUGAUCUGUACACUCACCUCUGCAGUCCAGUGCCUUACAUUUGGUCUUCACGUCAGACACUUUUAGCUGUGUUGCCAGCCGUAGAGUUUCAGGAAGGCCAUUUGUUAAAAUCCCUUCAGCCUUCAGCUGUGCUUGAGACAUUGUAUUUCAGAUUAGUUCUUCCUUCCCAAAAUACAGGUCUCAUUCACCCACCUUUUAUUGAUGGGUUUCUUCAUGCACAUGCCCAGACUCUUCUUAUGAAGUGCCUUCUCAGGUUCUAUCUUAAAUGUUAAUUUCCCUGGUUGUAUACUGUAUGAAGUCUUAACUGCUACUAGUUUCACCCUAGCCUUUAUUUCACUGCAGCCUUAAGUGCAAGCUUUAUUAUAGUUACUAGCCACAGGAUACAAACUGAAAGAUGCCAACUGCUCAGCUGUUAAUUAUAAUUCUCACUAUGUUAAGUUAGGCUUUUGCUUAAACUGUCUUAUAAUGUAAUUUUAUUGUGGAUCCAGUAGGGAUUGAAGACAAAGGAUUUUCUUUAGUGCUGGAUGAGUUAUAAUUUAAUAUGCACACGUUUUUGUUUGUACUGCUGCAUCUUUACUGUUUUGCAAGUAUGAUACAGUAUGUACUGGUAUCGGUUUUCUGCCUGCCUAAAAUAAAGUUUCAGUCUCAAUAUAC